AUGAAAACAUCCGGGCCCCGGCACCUAGAGGGGCGGCACCCACUAGACCACCCCUCCCGACGUGUGGAGUCUCAAGCCAGCCGAAGGUCCUCCGACCCUCAGCGGGCCACUCCACUUAAGGGACGCUUAACCGGACCAGUCUACCAUCUGCAGAACGGGGACACAGGGUCCAGAAGUGUCCCACCUCCAAGCCAGGCAGCUGGUGAAUGGCACAGCGCGGCAUUUUGGGUGUUGGUGGUAGGAGCUUCAGCUCUUGUGGCGGCCGCGCUGGCAGCCUUUGCGUGCUGGGCUACUCGUCGGCGGUCCGCUCUUGCCCACAAACUCGGUGGAAAACGAGGUCCAGACAAGGCGCUAGUGUUCCAGCCUCCUCGCCGAGCUACCGCUGUACGAUCCCCGGGAUCUGCCACCCACUACCUGCGCAAGUCUCCCUCACCUACCGCCGCCGCCCCACCGCCCGCUACCUCGCCGCCCCAGCCACAACCACCAGCUAAUCCGCCCUCUGGUGGCAACAGUCCCCACACGCCCACAGCACCAGAACCAGCGCCGCUGAGCAAGGAGCUCGCUGAUGCUAACGCUACUGAGAAACCUAAACCAAUUGAACCAGAAUCAAAUGAUGGAAAACUUGGAGAACUCCACUUUAAACUACGGUAUGAAAACGAGAAGAGCGCCCUUGUCGUGUCGGUGGUAUCUUGCCAAGGCCUGCCUGGUCGCGAGCCCGCUGGCCCCGACCCGUAUGUCAAGCUACAACUAUUGCCUGAUAAACAGCAUAAAGUAAAGACCAGAGUCGUACGGAAGACCCGCUGCCCGGUGUACGAUGAGGACUUCACGUUCUACGGCAUCGCUCCUCACCAGCUCGCUGCGAUCACCCUACACUUUGUUGUAUUGAGCUUUGACAGAUACUCCCGCGAUGAAAUUAUUGGAGAAGUUGUGGCGCCACUGUCAAACCAGCAGUUGCACAGUGGCGAGGCUACUGCCCUCUGCCGAGAGAUUCAGCCUCGAAGUCUAAAGAUGCGUAGUGUCGGUCGCGGCGAGGUGUUGGUCUCGCUGUGCUGGCAGCCCGCCGCCGCUCGACUCACCGUAGUUCUGCUUAAAGCGCGUAAUCUACCCAAAAUGGAUGUCACCGGACUUGCUGAUCCAUACGUUAAGAUGUACCUGCUGUACAACGGGCAGCGCAUCGCCAAGAAGAAGACGCACGUGAAGAAACGCACGCUGAACCCCGUGUUCAACGAGUCGUUCGUGUUCGAGGUGCCCGCCGCGCCCAACGCCACGCUCGACCACGUGGCGCUCGAGCUGCUCGUGCUCGACUGGGACCGCGUCACCAAGAACGAGGUGAUCGGUCGGCUCGAGCUGGGCGCGGAGGGCGCGGGCAGCGCGCGGCACCACUGGCGCGAGGUGCAGGCGGCGCCGCGCCGGCAGAUCGCCGACUGGCACAAGCUCAAGGAGUGA